GUAAUUAGAAACAUAGUGACAAGUUAUCGACAAGCGAAACAUGGAUAGGGCGUCUAAAAAGCAAUAGUGAGGGGUGUAUGUAACAACUAACUAGCGUGAAUCAUUCUGAUAUGAACUCGUUCAUCCACACUAAGAGCAGCAAAAUAGGUUGGUUAUUUCUCGGCCACUCGCUAGAAAAAUCCCCCUAGAAUAUAAACAAACGUAAAUCCACCUAUGUACCAUUUUUUGUUCGUUCUGUGACUUGAGUUGUUCUCAAAGUGAAUCCUGUUUAUCGCCAACACACCUCGUCUCGGAGCUUCCUUCCCUCGCUGGGCAACCGCUUCCCUUUGUUGCUAAUUACACAAAGCUCAACCAGGGCACUAAACCCACGUUGUCACGCUGGUUGGGCUGCGAUGGGCACUGAACUAGGCCGUCCGACGGGUGCCAGAACCACUGCAACCGGCGGACCUCUGGUCGCUGAGAAUGAACAUUCUAAUAGUUCGACACCUGCCGAAACCCUUGAUUUAAUAGCCCCGCCGUCGACGUCCGACGAAAAGGAGAACGGCAACUUCGCUAGCGAUGAGCUUUCGCCGCCCGAUGCAGCCGCAGCAGCCGAGGACGAGAAGCAGGCGGCCAAGGCCGAAACGACCGAAUAUCCCACCGGUUUCAGGCUUGUAUCCAUCAUUCUCGCGCUCAUUAUGGGCAUCUUCCUUGCAUCUCUGGAUAUGACCAUUGUCGCGACCGCGAUACCCAAGAUCACCGAUGAGUUCCACGGCCUAGACAAAGUGUCGUGGUACAGUGCUGCCUUCUUGAUGACCGACGGGGGCUUCCAGUCGUGCUGGGGCAAAGCAUAUCGCUACUUUCCGCUAAAGUCCACCUUCCUGGCGGCCAUCGCCGUCUUUGAGCUCGGCAGUCUCAUCUGCGCCGUUUCCCCAAACUCUACCGCCUUCAUCGUGGGGCGUGCUGUCAACGGCCUCGGAGCGGCAGGGAUCGGCACCGGAGCCUACACCAUCGUCGCCUUUGUCGCCGAGCCUGCCAAGCGCGCCACCUACACGGGAUUUGUGGGCAUGUCUUUUGGCGUUGCCUGCGUCGUAGGGCCGCUCAUUGGCGGGGUCUUUGCCGACAAGGUCACUUGGCGCUGGUGCUUCUGGAUCAACCUCCCCAUCGGCGGCCUGUCCGCCCUCAUAAUAGUCUGCUUCUUUCGGACCCCUAGCGCCGCGCAGCCCGUCGCCGCUCCGUGGAGGGAGAAACUUCUCCAGAUGGAUCCCGUUGGCGUGGUCCUGGUAAUGGGUGCCAUCGUCGCCUUCAUGCUCUCCCUUCAAUACGGCGGCCAGACUGCGCCGUGGAACAGCAGCGUGGUUAUCGGCCUGCUCGUGGGCUUCGUGCUAAUAACAGUAGCUUUCAUCCUCUGGGAGCACUUCCAGGGCGAGCGAGCCGUCAUCGUUCCCCGCUUGCUCAGACAGCGAGCCAUCUGUAUCAGUUGUCUGUUCGCCUGCAUCUUCGUCGGGUCCUACUACCUCGUCAUCUACUACAUCCCAAUUUACUUCCAGAGUAUUGGCAACGCCAGACCCACCAUGUCGGGCGUCUACAAUCUCCCCCUCAUCAUCGCCACGACGAUCUGUAUGAUCACGUCCGGCAUGCUCAUCAGCGCCACUGGCCUUGCUGUUCCUAUCGAAGUCGGCGGUGCCGUGCUUGCCGUCAUCGCGGCGGGGCUUCUCUACACUCUGGACAUUGACACCGGCGUAGGCAAGUGGGUUGGAUACCAGCUACUUGCCGGCAUCGGUUGGGGCCUUGCGUUCCAGAUUCCCAUCAUUGCCGGACAAGCGAGUGCGCAGCCCGAGGACAUCUCAUCGGUGACUGCCAUGGUCCUCUUCUUCCAGUGUAUCGGCGGUUCCGCCUUCGUGACAGCUGCCCAGGCUGCCUUUGUCAAUCGCUUGGUUCACACCUUGCCGAUUACCGCGCCGGAUGUUGACCCAGCCAAAGUCGUCGCUACAGGAGCUACCAUGAUACGGAUGGUCUUCUCUGACAAUCAAGUGCCCGGCAUCGUGAUUGCAUACAUGGCAGGCAUCAAGGCUGCACUCGCCAUCUCGAUUGGCGGUGCUGGUCUUGGCCUUGUCAUUUGCCUCUUUAGCAAAUGGACAAGGCUUAAUUUCGCCGCUGUAGCUGUUUAAGGGUCUCGCAGGACGAGACCAUUUUCUGCUUUCACGGGCAUCCUGAACAGGAUAGUCCACGAUGGGAAUAACUCUUCCAUUCACAUGUGCUUAUAAUUACAAUAAUUAAGUCACAGCCUGUAAG